AUGGUUGACAUUCAAGGUGUAGCGGCUGAUCUUGUCAAAGAAAUAUUGAGUAAGGCAAUUUCUCUUGCAGCUGAAGAGAUCGGCCUUGUGUGGGGCUUCAAGGGAGAUCUGGCUAAGCUCAAAGACUCAGUUGAAAUGAUUCAAGCCUUUUUAGCUGAUGCCGAGACACGAGGAGUUGGCGAGAAGUCCGUCAAGCUAUGGCUGGAGAAGCUUAAGGAUGAAACUUAUCGAGCCGAUGAUGUCUUGGAUGAGUUCGCUUACGAAAUCGCCCGGCGAAAGGUGGAGAUUCGAGAUCAAAUGAGGAGAAAGGUGCGCUUUUUCUUUUCAAGUUCUAACCCAGUCUUCUUUCGCUCCCGAAUGGCUCAUAAAAUCAAGAAAAUCAACACAUCCUUGGUUAAGAUCAACGAAGAAGCAAAGGUUUUGGGACUUCGACUGAGUUUACUAGCAGCUCCUUCUCAAGUCACUGUAGAUCACCAAGGGGCCGAUUCCCUUCUUCACCAAGGGGUUUCACAGGUGGCUAACCCCCAACUCUUUAUUGGCCGAGAGACCAACUCACUUCUUCACCAAUCUGAAGUUGUUGUAGCAAGGGAUGGUGAUGCAUCAAAUAUAGUUCAAAUGUUAACCAGCCCAAAAAAUCAGGAUGUUGUCUCUGUGAUUCCCAUUGUGGGAAUGGCAGGCCUUGGAAAAACAACUUUGGCUAAGUUAAUCUAUAAUGGCGAUGAGAUAACGAGACACUUCGAUUCAAGAAUUUGGGUAUGUGUAUCUGAGAAUUUUGAUGUCAAAAGACUUUUAAAAGAGAUCCUUGAAACUCUGACAAAGGAGAAGUGUAACGUAGAGAUUCAAACUGUAAUUCUUGAAAAACUUCGGGAAAAAUUGGGAGGAAAAAAAUAUCUGCUCGUACUUGAUGAUGUAUGGAACGAAGAUCAUAACAAGUGGAAUGAUUUUAAGUCUUGUAUGUUACGAGUGAGUACAAUGCAUGGGAACAACAUUCUGAUUACUACGCGUAGUGUUAGAGUGGCCUCAAUUGUGGAGACGCUCCCUAAGUAUUGUGUGGAAAAACUCUCAUCAGAAGAUUGUUGGUCCAUAUUCAAAGGUGAAGCAUUUGCAAAUGGAGGAGCUCCAAUUAAUUCAGAUUUAGAAGACAUUGGAAGGACAAUUGCAGAAAAAUGUAAUGGUGUACCAUUGGCAGCAAAGUUAGCGGGGAGUAUGAUGCACUCGAAGAAGGACAAAGAUGAAUGGUUGGCAAUUUUAAAUGAUGGAGUGUGGAGUGCAGUUGGAGAUGCAAAUGGUGUACUUCCUAUUAUUCAGUUGAGUUUUGACCAUUUAUCGUCGGCAACACUAAAACACUGUUUUGCAUAUUGUUCACUUUUCAAAAAAGAUUCCCUCAUGGAAAAGGAACAAUUAAUCCAACUAUGGAUGGCACAAGAAUAUCUUCAACCCAAGGAAGGAAGUAACAGGGUACUGGAGGAUAUUGGUAAUGAAUAUUUUGAAGCUUUGUUGCAAAGUUCCUUAUUUCAAGAUAUUGAGAAGGAUGAGUAUAACAACAUUACAAAUUGUAAGAUGCAUGAUUUGGUGCAUGAUCUUUCACAAUUGAUUUCAAAACCCGAUUGCUUUAGUCAAGAGGAUGAUAAGGGAAAAGAGAAUCUCCAUGUUCGACAUUUAGCACUAUAUUCCAGUUGGGAAAGUAUUGGUAAUAUCCAAAAUGAGAGUGCUGAAAGGUUGCGUACUUUAUUUUUGAAAAGUUUUGCACCUGAUAGAUUUUUGAAGUUCAGAUAUUUGCGUGCCUUGAAUUUACGUUAUGCUGAUGUUUAUGAGCUGCCGUCUUCAAUAAGCAAAUUGGUACACUUAAGGUACCUUGACUUGUCAAAUAGUGGCAUCCGUAGUUUACCGAAAUCCAUUGUUGAACUUUACCAUCUGCAAACAUUAAGACUCGAGAGGUGUUUCAAAAUUCAAAAGUUUCCUAAGAAAUUCAAAAAUUUGACUAGCUUAAGACAUAUCUAUCUUGAUGAGAACAAAUACCUAGGUCAGAUGGUUCAGAUGCCACAUGAGAUAAGGUGGUUAACUUCCCUUCAAACUCUAUCAUUCUUCAGAGUGGGUAAAGACAAGGGUUUCCAAAUUGAAGAGUUAGGAUAUUUAAAAAAUCUCAGAGGUAAGCUUGAUAUAUAUGAUCUCCAGGAAGUGGGCAGUAAAGAGGAAGCACAAAAGGCAGAUUUAUGCGGAAAGAAAAAUAUAUACAAGCUGGCACUCAACUGGAAAUCUGUGCGGAAUGGUAAUCAGAGCGCUGAAGAUGUCUUGGAAGGCCUCCAUCCUUCCCCAAGCUUAAAAGGCUUAGACAUAAAUGGAUUCCCGGGUGAGUACUUCCCGUUAUGGAUGAUGAAGAUGGCUGUGACUACUAAUGGUGAAGACGCCUGGUUACCACUCAACAAUUUGGUGAUGGUCACACUAAAAGGCUGCAACAAAUGUGAACAUAUGCCAAUGCUCGGCCGACUACCACUUCUUAGAGACCUUGAGUUGGUAGGAAUGGAUAAUGUAAAAUGCCUAGGUGAGUCAUUCUAUGGUUAUGAUUGCCAUGGAUCAGGAACUAGCUACAGUAGUAACGAGACAAAGGUAUUAUUUCCUUCUUUGAAAAGAUUCGGAAUGUGGAAUAUGGCCAACCUAGAAGAAUGGAUAGAAUUACCAGAAGGAAGUGGGGUGCAAGCGUUUCCUAAACUUUAUGAGUUGUUCAUUGAUGGGUGCUGGCAAUUGAAAAGUGCUCCAAGUCAUUUCCCACUCCUUAAGGAAUUGCGUUAUAAGAAUGUAUGUAGAAGCUUGCCAUUGGAAACGAUAUGCAGCAGCAAACUAAAGACUCUGACGAAGCUCCAGAUUGUGGGGGUGGACAAACUCACUUCUUUACGAGAUCAACUAUUUCAAGACAAUAAAUAUCUGGAGGUUCUACAGAUAUCACAUUGUCCCAAGUUAACACAAGUUUCAUACUUACGAGGUUGCGAUGCAAACUCUCGUCUUCGAUCACUAACAAUCAUCCAGUGUCCAAAUCUCAACUCCAUUUCGAGUAUUCAAGGCCUUACAUCCCUUCGUGAAUUAGCUCUUCGGUCAUGUGAUGGGUUAAUUUGUCUUCCAAGUGGGCUAGAAUCUUGCACAUCCCUCAACACCUUGGGUAUUCGAUAUUGCAAAAGUCUCACCUCGUUCCCAGAUAUACAAGCAUUGUGUUCUCUCUCCAUUCAAAGAAUUGGACAUUGUGACAAAUUGACAUGUUUGCCUAGGGAGCUACAAUCUUGCACAUCCCUCAAGACCUUAGAGGUUGAAGAUUGCACCAAUCUAACUUCAUUCCCAGAUAUACAAGCGUUGUGUUCUCUCUCCACUCUAAAAAUUAGACAUUGUGACAAAUUAACAUGUUUGCCUAAGGAGCUACAAUCUUGCACAUCCUUGAAGAGCUUAGAGGUUGAAGAUUGCACCAAUCUAACCUCGUUCCCAGAUAUACAAGCAUUGUGUUCUCUCUCCACUCUAACAAUUGCACAUUGUGGGAAAUUAACUUGCUUGCCCAAGGGGCUACAAUUUCUUACCUGCUUGGUCCACUUGACGAUUGGUCCCUUUUCUGAAGAGCUUGAUUUGUUCCCGAGUCUUGAUGGUGUCCAACACUUGCAUGCAUCCCUUAAUGAAGUAAGCUUGUAUGGGUGCCCUCACUGGGACCUUAUCCCAGAACACCUUCAACACCUCAGCGCCCUGAGAUAUCUGUAUCUAGAAAGCUUUGGAGUGGAAGCUUUACCCGAGUGGUUUGGUAAGCUUUCAUCUCUUAAAAGACUAAAUGUAAAAGAAUGCAAGAAACUGCGGUAUCUGCCCAAAAUUGAAGUCAUGCAGCGCCUCACCAAAUUAGAGAGUUUGUACCUAGAGGAAUGUCCCCUAUUAGAAGAAAGAUGCAAAACGGGUGGCCCUGAGUGGCCCAAGGUGUCCCAUUUAAGUUUCGAUUUUGAAUUGUUCUGAGGGAUGCAAAAAAUGAGAGUUGUGGAGUAAAAGUUUGGAGUAUUCGGGUUGCAAACUGCCAUUUGCCCCAGUGUGGCAGGAGUACUGAAGUACUAGUGCUAUGGCUUGAGUCAAAGAAGAAAAUUU